AAAUUAUUCAUUCCAAAACUUGCAAGUGUAGAAGUAACAUCUCCAAACUGUUAAUACUGAAGUUUUUGCUUAUUUUUGGAAAUUUUCAUAAGAAAACAAACCAAUUUCUACAAUCGUUUGAUACUUUGGCAGCGUUAGAAAUGUUAACCGAACGAAAGUACACCCCCCUCAUACCACAUAGAGGUCCACCAAUGAAGCCAACCCGGAUUCCCAUACCCAUUAGAUACAAAAAGCAACAGCUCGAAAAACUCCGUGAUGAGAAAUUGAUGCGCCAAGUGAAAAUGGUCAAGGAGAAGGCCAUAUCGAUUACAGAAAAUCACACAGAUAUUCCCUCGUCGUUGAGGCGCACAGAGUUAACAUUUUGGGUGGCCCUUAAGCAGCUGAUCGAGUAUUUUGAGAAUAUCCUGGAUCCAGAUGCAACCGAAUCUUCUCCUAAAAAGUCAUUUGCUAAUUUUGAAAAGAGCCCGAAAUCGGAAGAGCAGUUGACCUUUGAGGCUAUGGAGAAGCUUAUCAAUAGCGAUCAAAAGCCCGAGGAUCAGAAACUCCAAGAGUUUAGACGCGAGCAAAAGGCCGUUGAGAAGAAGUUCCAUGCGGGACUGGAGAGAUUGCGUGCCGUUUUCGAUUUUAUAACAAAGCAGAGGCAAGCCCAGGCAGAAAUAUGCUGGGAAAUCUAUCAGAAGGCCGAGGGAAAGGACCUUCAAGAGGUUCUAUCAUCGAUUGCCAUCGAUAAGGAACACCUUCUCCUGGAACUGAAACAUGUUGUAGCUGCCUCUGCCUCUGUCUCAGAAGACUUGCAAUCAAAGCCACAGGCCACAGUGUGGGACUCAUUCAAGGAAGUUGCCAUACAUUGGGGUAACCUCUUGCUGGAGCAGAUGAAUUAAAAUAUAUAUUCCUGCCACAUUACUUUGUUGCCAAAAUUUAAAAGGUUCUUCUAUAAAUAUAUAUAAAAAAAAAAACAUUUUGGAUUU